AAUAGCAUUAAAUAACGGUAAACACACUUGGCCAGUGUUCCUCGGGGAAUAUUGAAGAUUAAAUCAAAAUAGAAAGGAAGAAAGAAGGGAAAAAAUACCCAAAAAGCAGACACACACAAUAGAAGUUACUCGUAGUAGCCAAAACCAACACCUUUUGGUCUAUGUAUCUAAAAAUUUAAAGUGAAAUGUGUAAAACGUUGGAGUGUUAGUUAGUCAGCAAAUAUAUUGGAAUAAUUUGUGCAAAGCACAAGGCGUUUUUCUAUAAUUUGGCAAUUUUUUUUUGUUUAAUUUUAUGUGUCAAUAUAAAUAAAAUGAUUAUUUGAUUGGCCUUUUAUUUAUUGAUUUAGAUUGCUAAACGUGAUGCAAUCAUCGCAAUAAUCAUUGGAACGUCAAAGAGGCAAAUAUUCAUUAAAUAUUUAUGCCAUGUCUGAAAAUGGCCAAAGCAAAUGCCGUUAAAAUAUCGAAAAGUGGAUUAUGUGAAAAUUUUUUCAGUCUUUGGUUUAUAUAAAUCACGGCACACCACCACAGCCACCAUAACCGUUGUCCUCAUCCACCCCUAAAAUUGCCAGACUUUGGACUUCCGUUCUUAAAAGGAAUAACCAAAGAUAUCCGUCCAAUGUUGACUAUGGGAGGUCAUCAAUAUUUAAAAUAUCAUAAACUUAAAUCCACUUAACUGGAAAACAGCUCAAAAUAGUAUUUUUGCCGCUAAGCAUUUAAAGCCCAUUUGCACCUUGUGUCACACACACACACACACAGGUAGCGAUACGCACACAAACACACAAAUACGCUCAAAAUGUUUGGCUCCAAAUUGCGCUCCUGGAUGGAGAAUCACAUUGUGAGGUCUCGUAAAAAGGGUAAUAAGAAUAAAAAUGCGACAUCCUUGGAACAGACGACGACGACAACAACAACGUUGGUCAGCGACCAACAGCAUAAACAUAAACAUGCUGCUUCGGGAUUUACGAUAUACCAUCACCAUCAGGGGAAUAGCAAUGGCUCUUCGAAUGGCUGCUCAUCGCCAUAUAAAAGAAAUUCCGAUUCCCAAACCUCAUCCAGUGCGAAUCACACAGGUUGUAGCAGUGUCCUCUCCAGUCCCGUGAGAAGGAGGGAGGUGUCACCCAUUCAGAAUCAUACUCAGAGUCGUUAUGGCUGGCAAUCACCAGACAGGGAAAAUGUUAUGUCUCCGAAAUCGGAUAAUUUUCUUUAUGCACCCCAGCAUCAUAGCCAGCAGUAUUUGCGAAGCCACCACACUGCCCCCAAUACCAGGGAAAAUUCCUGUGAAGAGCGGCAAUAUCAGCAUCAGCAGGGCCAUCAGCAGACGCAACAGCAACAGCAGUCACAACAACAUCAGCUUAACUGCUCCACAUCAUCAUUUUCUUCGUUGUCUUGGUCGACAGGUUCCAAGGAACCCUCAAUGCACUCCAAUAACAACCAAAAUCCGAGUUCAAUAAAUGCUUCCGCGCUCACUGACAUGACCAAUGGAAAUGUGGAAAGGAGAGCCUCAUAUAGUCCACCGGAUGAGGUGAAAAACUUCGAAGAUGAUCCCAAUGUUGUGCAUUAUGAGGAGAUAGGCACCUUGAUACGACAUCCCGAGAAAUUACUGCAGGAUAUUUUAAAUGACAUUGAAAGGCCUAAAUCGGAACAAUUUCCCCAGGUAGCCCAGAGAAUUCCGGCUUUUUCGGACGAAAAGCAGACGCAGGAUGAUGCAUCCACUCGCUAUGGCCGCUUAUUGCCUUCGAAAAUUCCAAAUCCCACCGUUAUUAGUUUCCGCACAGGCAGUGAGGAAUGCAUACCGCGGCAUGGCUCCAACUUCACCGUGCAAAAUGUGCAGACUCGUAAUGGUAACCGUACGAAAAUGCGCAAUGGACCACAGGCUAGCUUAGGUGCUCCCAUGGUUAGUUUGUCAUCUCCAGAAAGUGCUUACUCUACGGGUUACUCCACCGAUGGCACUUCGCCAGGCGCUGGCUACACACCUCCGGAAUAUUAUGUCAAUAUGAGGACAGGCACGCAUUAUUUUCCGAAGAGUGUCAACUCAUUGGCCAUUGAGGCUCAGCGCUAUAAAUUUGGCCUAAACAAAAUAGAGGAAAUGUCUCCAAUUGAUCCUUUGCCCAAAACAUCUUUUGCUCAUCGCAAUUUGGAGGAGAAUGAGAGUGGUCUCGUUAAACACCAUCCAUCGUCUAUGGAUUCCUAUGAAAAGUCACUCGGCACUCAAUAUCAGCUACAAAAUGGUCCAAAUAUGGGUAGCCAUAGUCCACUGCCCAUAAGAAAUACCAUUGUUAUACCCACCUUGAAAGGAUUUGAAUCACCAUCGCCUCGCCAAAGAAGCCGCAUUCGCACGAACCCAUGGUACUCCACCACCGAAACCUCAUCGUCCAGCUCAACAAUGAACAAUGCUGGGGCCCAUUUGCAUGAAUCUUCUUCAGCACUCAUGAAUACAUCACAAAUCUCUUGCAUGACGAUGUCAUCCACUUCAUCACACUCCACAUCGGCCUUAUCGACCAUACAUCUGGAGCAGGACUUCCAGCGCAUAUCGUUGCCUACUGCUAUUGUCAAGUCAAGUAGGAAUUAUGCCUCUGGCAGCAGUGGAGGGGCCUCGUGGAGCAUGCAAGCCACCACCAGUGGCAGUAGCAUUAACAUCAGCAGCAGCACCGGCACCGGUAACAAUAAUUGUAACCACAACAACAACAACAACAAAAGCAGCAGCAGCAUGGCCUGUGUUUCUUCGGGCUCCUCAUCCUCUUUGACUGAAGUGGAAAAUGCACAACGUCCCUAUACACCGAAUACGGUAAGACGCAAACGCUCGUUGCAAUUGCAACAGCAGCAACACCACUACACUCACACUCAACAUCCUGUGGAACCUGUUGCCAGUGCGAGUGCAAGUCCACAAAAGAAACAGCUAGAGGCUCCUUUGGCUGUUGUCAGCGACGAUGAUACCACACUCAACGAAAUGAUGGGUAAAUUUGACGAGAGCUACAUCUACGAGAAAGAGACUGACAUUUUGAGCAGUGACUCUGAUCCCACUGAUUGUCCCACCGACUUGGACACUGGUCAAGAUGCUGGGGAUGAAUGCGAUACCGAUGAUCUGCUGGAUAUUGAUUUCAUUGACACCUCCUCAAUGCAGGAAAUCCAUGAUCGUCGAGACCAAGUAAAUUUAGGCAAAUGCUACUACAUUAAUGGCAGUCCAGUAAUGCCUCAACGCAAGGCCUCUUCGUUCAGGUCAAGGCGUAGUACAAGGAGUUCAAAGGCUUCGGGAGAGCAAACGCUGUUGAAUGCAGCUGCUGGAAAUGCUCAACGUAGACGUAAACGAUUCCACAAGACACGCAAGAAGAGUUCAGAGGGCAAGGAAAAUUGUCGCUCACCAAUGCGAAAACCCAGGGAAACUCGAAGUGUGGGGGGCACUCCAGUGUGUUUGCGAAAAAAUACAAGAAGCCAUGAUAGGCAAAGAUAUAGCCACACAACACCACAUCAAUUGUCCCACCGUUCGAGUUCCUUGGUAUUUACGCAUGUAAGGGAGAAUCGUUUCAUGACCAUUGCCGAAAGCGAGAAGGCCUUGUUGAAGGCUGAUUUUGAAGCAGAUGUUAAAUAUAAACAACUUAUAAUGGAAGCAGAAUCCAUACUUGCCUCAAUGAGGAAUAGUGUGCAAAGUAUUCCACGUGAAACUCCAGUGGCCAGCCCACGUCGUGUUAACCCCUUGGCCAACAAACGCGUGGAGAUGAUUAAAAACUGUGAAAUCGACUUACAAAAACAACAACAACAGGCCCAAUCGAAAUCCAGAUCCUCUGAUCUAUCCGAUCAGGAAUUGACUGCGGCCGUUAAUAAACGCAUCGAAAUGCUCAAAUUGGAAACCCAAUCGCCUCCAGGCAGUCCAAAACUGGGUGCCUGUAGUCCACGUAAAACCCAUUUGACAAAUUUCAUUAAUCAAAACAUUUCCCCCGAACCAGGUCUCAGGAAGAAUCUAAACUCGCCACUGGUGCAACGCAGAAGUUUAAGUCCUUCAGCUUCGCCCAUGCAACAAAGGCGUUUGACCACCCCACAGAUCAACAUGAAAUUGCAGACAUUCAAUCAGCCAAACACCAAUCAAUUAAGCGACUCCGAUCAAGACUAUCACAAUGGAGCCAUACAACAGGCGUCCCUUAAAGCAAACGAUCAUCUCAAUCAAAAUUAUUUACAAAUGCAUCAUCGGCCCACUCGAGAGGACCAAAGUGAUGUUCAAAAUCAUAAUACCGUACAACCACCUCCAAAGAUGGGACCAAAGAUAACCUUCAACUACUGCCCCCAAAGUGAACCCUUGAAGAGGAAAGUCUACAAGAGUCAUGCCACUUUUGAUAACAACAGGUUAAGAAAGAAUGGAAUCCACAGAGAAGAACAAUUAAAACAUCAGCGCUCGAAAACCUACAACACCGGCAGCGGAGAUGUUGGAGUUCAACGUCAAGGCAAACUCAAAACGAGUUGCCACGAACUUAACCAAUUUUCGUCAAUGAACGGAUUAAAGACUGAUUUUAGCUCAGCCACAAAUAUGAUGGCUUAUAGCAACUUUAACUCCAACAGCACUAGCUCAAUUGCCACUAACGCCACGGACAAGGCUGCCUUAAUACAGCGCACAAUUGCCGAUUUGAAGCGCGAUCUAGAACAUCAAAGCUUUGAAUUGAAUGGACUGCAUGAAACGUAAAAAUAUUCCCCCGCGCGGGGAGUAGGUGUGUUCCAAUAAUAACUUUGUUAUCUUAUUUCGUUUAAGGAAUUAACCCACGGUUGCAAUACAUUAGGUCAUAAGGAGAAAGCCAAAAUUCUGGCACUAAUACUACUUUAUAUUAACUUAACUUAAUCUUGCAGUUUACAAUUGAUAUACAAAACCUUAAACAAACAAAACUCUCUCUCUCUCUCACACACACUCACUCACAUACCUACUAUUUACACAAUAACAGAAGUAGAUAAAUAUGGUGUAGACUUUAUAUAAUAAUAUCAAGCAUUUACAUGCGAUUAGUAUGUAUUUAUAAACAAACAAGCGUAAAGGUAA